AUGAUUAAGACCAUAAUGGUGAUGAUUGCUGGUGAGGAUGUGCAUGUGGGGGUACACAUGUUGGGAUUUCUGUGUGUGUUCUGUACUUAAUAAAUGUAUUCCUCUGUGUGUGUGUUGCGCUCGCAUGCGUGCAUAUGUGUUCACCAGGGCUCUCCAGGUGGCAAAGGAGGCACGGGAGAGAAGGUGAAUAUUGUGAAUAUUAUUAUAUUAUUGUAUUUUGCAUCAUUGUCACUAGAACCGAUGUGGAUGUGGUGGAGGAGUCAGGCGCAGGACACAGAGGUGAAGUCCAACAGACUUUAAUAGUCUAAUGUUUACGAGGAAAAAACCCAGACCUCAAAAUACACCAAGAGGCGAGGGAAAAUUACGCACACGCGUAAACACUAAACACAAAACAAACAGGGUGCAAACACGUAGCUCCGACACAGUGGCAGUCAUAACAACACACAAUCAUUCUAGUGCAAAACAAGGAACUUAUAAGACACGUAAUCAACACACAAAUGGACACAGGUGUAACAGACAGACAAAAGCAAUCAAAUGACGAAACAUAGAGCGGUGGCAGCUAGUACUCCGGGGACGGCGAACGCCGAAGCCUGCCCGAACCAGGAGGAGGAGCAGUCUCGGCCGAAACCGUGACAGUACCCCCCCCUUGACGCGCGGCUCCAGCCGUGCGCUGACCCCGGCCUCGGGGACGGCCAGGAGGAUGCGGACCCGGGCGCGUGGGAUGCCCACGGUGAAACUCAGUCAGGAGGGAUGGAUCGAGUAUGUCCCUCCUGGGCACCCAGCACCGUUCCUCCGGACCGUACCCCUCCCACUCCACGAGAUACUGGAGACCACUCAUCCGGCGCCUCGAGUCCAAGAUGGUCCGGACCCUGUACGCCGGGGCCCCCUCGAUGUCCAAAGGGGGCGGAGGGGUCUCUCCUAUCUCAUCUUCUUGGAGUGGGCCAGCUACCACCGGCCUGAGAAGAGACACAUGGAACGAGGGGUUAAUAUUUUUAUACUCUAUAGGCAGUUGUAACCUGUAACACACCUCGUUCAAUCUUCUCAGGACUUUGAAGGGCCCCACAAACCGCCGACCCAGCUUCCGGCAGGGCAGGCGGAGGGGCAGGUUUCGAGUCGAGAGCCAGACUCGAUCUCCCGGUGCGUACACCGGUCCCUCACUGCGGUGGCGAUCGGCGCUCGCCUUUUGUUGACGGAUGGCACGCUGCAGAUGGACAUGGGCAGCGUCCCACGUCUCCUCCGAGCGCCGAAUCCACUCGUCCACCGCAGGGGCCUCGAUCUGGCUCUCGUGCCAUGGUGCCAGGACCGGCUGAUAACCUAAAACACACUGGAAAGGUGUUAAAUUGGUGGAGGAGUGGCGGAGAGAGUUCUGGGCCAUCUCUGCCCAGGGGAUGAACCUAGACCACUCCUCCGGCCGGUCCCGGCAAUAGGACAUCAAAAACCUACCCACAUCCUGGUUGACACGUUCCACCUGCCCAUUGCUCUCUGGGUGAUACCCCGAGGUAAGGCUUACCGAGACCCCCAACCGUUCCAUGAACGCCCCCCAAACUCUGGAGGUGAACUGGGGACCUCGGUCAGACACUAUAUCCUCGGGGACCCCAUAGUGCCGGAACACAUGGGUAAAUAGGGCCUCAGCGGUUUGUAGGGCAGUAGGGAGACCCGGCAUGGGAAGGAGACGACAGGCCUUGGAAAACCGAUCCACAACGACCAAAAUGGUGGUAUUCCCCUGGGAGGGGGGUAGGUCGGUUACGAAAUCCACCGAUAGGUGGGACCAUGGUCGUUGUGGAACGGGCAGGGGAUGUAGCUUACCCCUGGGCAAAUGUCUAGGCGCCUUACACUGGGUACACACCGAGCAGGAGGAGACAUAAACCCUCACAUCCCUAGCUAACGUUGGCCACCAGUAUUUCAUGCUAAGACAGUGCACGGUCCGGCCAAUACCUGGAUGUCCAGAGGAGGGUGAUGUAUGAGCCCAAUAAAUAAGUCGAUCACGAAUCUCGAGCGGAACGUACGUCCGCCCCACAGGACACUCGGGGGGAGUAGGGUCGGUACGCAGUGCCCGCUCGAUUUCCGCAUCGACCUCCCAUACCACCGGAGCCACCAAACAAGACUCCGGCAAUAUGGAAGUAGGCUCGUUGGACCUCUCCUCUGUGUCAUACCGCCGGGACAGGGCGUCUGCCUUACCAUUCUGGGACCCAGGGAUGUAUGUGAUCUUAAAAACAAACCGGGUUAGGAACAUGUUCCACCUAGCCUGACGAGGGUUCAAUCUCCUAGCUGCCCGGAUGUACUCCAGGUUACGGUGAUCAGUCAGAAUGAGGAAAGGGUGUUGAGCCCCCUCAAGCCAAUGCCUCCACACCUUUAGGGCCUGGACUACGGCUAACAGCUCCCUGUCCCCAACAUCAUAGUUGCGCUCCGCCGAGCUGAGCUUCUUGGAGUAGAACGCACAGGGGCGGAGUUUAGGUGGCGUGCCGGACCGUUGUGACAGAACUGCCCCAAUACCGGUCUCGGACGCGUCUACCUCUACUUGGAAUGGUAAAGAGGGAUCCGGAUGCGCCAGCACAGGAGCCGAGGUGAACAGGUUCUUUAGUUUGACAAAUGCCCUGUCCGCCUCAGCCGACCACUGCAAACGAACCGGACCCCCCUUUAGCAGGGACGUAAUGGGAGCUGCAACCUGUCCAAAACCCCGAAUUGUCACGAUCGUCAUGGAGAGACCAAGGCGCAGCGUUGCGGGUGAACAUAUUAUAUUUAUUAAAUGAUCACACGAUCAAAACAACAAACGAAAAACGUGACGUCUAUGGUUAAACACACACCAACACGAACAAGAAACCACAAACACAACGUGAAAGACAGACAGUUAAAUAUGGCUCCCAAUCAGAGACACCCAGCUGACACUCGUUGCCUCUGAUUGGGAGUCACUCAGACCAACAUAGAAAAUCAAACAUAGAAUUACACACCCUGGCUCAACAUAACAUUGUCCCCAGAGCCAGGGCGUGACAGUACCCCCCCCUAAAGGCGCGGACUCCGACCGUGCCAACUAAAUCCCACAGGGGAGGGACCAGGUGGGCACUCCGCCUAGGCGGCGGAUCCGGCUCCGGACAUGACCCAGGCACGGGUUGUGCUGGACUGACGACGCGCACCCCUGGCUUGGUGCGUGGAGGAGGAACGGGCCUUACCAGGCUGACGACGCACACCGUAGGCUUGGUGCGUGGAGCAGGGACAGGCCGGACUGGGCUGACGAAGCACACCACUGACUUGGUGCGGGGAGUAGGAACGGGCCGAGCCGGGCUGACGACGCGCACCACUGACUUGGUGCGGGGAGCAGGAAUGGGCCGGACCGGGCUGACGACGCGCACCACUGACUUGGUGCGGGGAGCAGGAAUGGGCCGGACCGGGCUGACGAUGCGCACCACUGACUUGGUGCGGGGAGCAGGAAUGGGCCGGACCGGGCUGACGACGCGCACCACUGACUUGGUGCGGGGAGCAGGAAUGGGCCAGACCGGGCUCGCGACGCGCACCACUGACUUGGUGCGGGGAGCAGGGAUGGGCCGGACCGGGCUGACGACGCGCACCACUGACUUGGGGCGGGGAGCAGGAACGGGCCGCGCCGGGCUGACGAAACGCACCACUGACUUGGUGGGAGUGGCAGGAACAGGCCGGACCGUACUGGGAACACACACCACUGGCCCUACUUGAGGAUCAGGAACAGGCCGGACCGGACUGGCAACACACGCCAGUGCCUCUCGCCGUGCCUCUACAACCUCCUUCCCCCUGGUGACCAGUGACUCCCGUAACCUGGCGGCCUCCUCUGCCAACCCGCUGGACCGCUCUAUCGCGGCCUCCUGCUGCCCCGACGUCGUGAGCCCCCCCCUAAAAAAUUUCUGGGGGUCUCUCCUCCCCGUGGGCCAGGCCUCCAUCGUUCUCGCCCAACUCUCGCUCCUCUGUCUCCAACUCUCGCCAUUCAGCUCCUCAAUGGGCUUGACCCAGUUGAAGCUCCUCCUCAACUGGUCCCAAGUCCACCCUCUCUGCUCCUCACUAGGCUUGACCCAGUCGAGGCUGCCACGGAGAUCUGCCAGCGAUGGCUCCUGGACACGCUGCUUGGUCUGGUUUAGGUGGUUUCUUCUGUCACGAUCGUCAUGGAGAGACCAAGGCGCAGCGUUGCGGGUGAACAUAUUAUAUUUAUUAAAUGAUCACACGAUCAAAACAACAAACGAAAAACGUGACGUCUAUGGUUAAACACACACCAACACGAACAAGAAACCACAAACACAACGUGAAAGACAGACAGUUAAAUAUGGCUCCCAAUCAGAGACACCCAGCUGACACUCGUUGCCUCUGAUUGGGAGUCACUCAGACCAACAUAGAAAAUCAAACAUAGAAUUACACACCCUGGCUCAACAUAACAUUGUCCCCAGAGCCAGGGCGUGACACGAAUAAACCUCCGGUAGUAAUUAGCAAAACCCAAGAACUGCUGCACCUCUUUUACAGUGGUUGGAGUUUGCCAAUUACGCACGGCCGAUACCCGGUCUACCUCUAUCUCCACACCAGACGCGGACAACCGAUAACCCAAAAAGGAGACGGACUCCUGGAAGAACAGGCAUUUCUCUGCCUUGACAUACAAGUCAUGCUCCAACAGUCUUCUCAACACUCGGCGCACCUGGGCUACAUGCUCGGCUCGUGUAGAAGAAUACACUAGGAUCUCGUCGAUGUAAACUACUACACCCUGCCCAUGCAUGUCCCGGAAAAUCUCGUCAACAAAGGAUUGGAAGACUGAAGGAGCAUUCAUUAACCCGUAUGGCAUGACGAGAUACUCGUAAUGACCCGAGGUGGUGCUAAAUGCUGUUUUCCAUUCAUCCCCCUCCCUAAUGCGCACCAGAUUGUACGCGCUCCUGAGAUCCAACUUUGUGAAGAACCGCGCUCCGCGUAAUGAUUCCGUCAUCGUCGCAAUCAGUGGAAGUGGGUAACUGUAUUUAACUGUGAUCUGAUUGAGACUACGGUAAUCAAUACACGGGCGCAAUCCCCCGUCCUUCUUCUUCACAAAGAAGAAACUCGAGGAGACCGGGAAAGUGGAGGACUGUAUGUAUCCCUGUGCCAAGGACUCGGCUAUGUAAGUCUCCAUAGCCGCUGUUUCCUCUUGAGACAGGGGAUACACACGACUCCGUGGAAGAGCCGCUCCUGUCUGGAGAUUUAUCGCACAGUCCCCUUGUCUAUGAGGAGGUAGCCGUGUUGCCCUCGAUUUGCUAAACACGAGUGCUAAAUCCUCAUACUCGGGGGGAAUGCGCAGUGCGGGCACUUGGUUCGGACUCUCUACCGAGGUCGCCCCUACGGAAACACCUAGACAUCUCCCUACACACUGGGCAGACCACUCCAUAAGAGCCCUCUGUUGCCACGCUAUGGUAGGAUCAUGGGUGCUUAACCAGGGAAGGCCCAACACCACGGGGUACGUAGGAGAGUCAAUCAGAUAAAACUGAAUGAUCUCCUCAUGACCCCCCUGCGUCGUCAUCGUCAGUGGUGCUGUGACCUCCCUGAUCAGGCCCGACCCCAACGGCCGGCUGUCUAAUGCGUGGACAGGAAAUGGAGCUUCUACCGGCCGAAGGGGAAUUCCUAACCUACAACAAAAUGCCCGAUCAAUAAAGUUCCCAGCUGCGCCUGAAUCUACUAGCGCCUUAUGCUGGGAAUGAGGUGCCACCUGUGGAAAUCUCACAGGAAUACUCAUGUGACCAACAGAAAGCUCUGGGUAAGUGGGGCGCCUACUCACCUGAAAUGACUCCCCAGUGCGUGGCCUGUUGUCACCUCUCCCAGGAGACCCUCCCCAGCACCUGGCCGCGGUGUGUCCUCCACGACCACAGGUGGUGCAGGGGAUGGCCCCCCUCGGGUUUCCUCUCCUCCUCUCUCUAGCGCCAGCACCCCCGAGCUCCAUGGGAAUCAGCUCGGAGGUGCUGGAGGGUGGAAUGGACGACCCCCACUCGGGACGUCCGCGGGUAGCCAGCAGGGUGUCUAGACGGAUGGAAAUGUCCACCAACUGGUCGAACGACAGGUUGGUGUCCCUGCAGGCCAGCUCACGACGAACGUCCUCUCGUAGGCUACACCGGUAGUGGUCGAUGAGGGCCCUCUCAUUCCACCCCGCAUCCGCCGCUAGUGUCCGGAACUCCAGUGCGAACUCCUGUGCGCUCCUCUUCCCCUGUCGGAGGUGGAAUAGACGCUCUCCCCGCCGCUUUCCCCUCAGGUGGAUGAUCGAAGACAGCCCUGAAGCGGCGGGAGAACUCCGCGUAGGUGAUGGUUGCGGCGUCUAUUCCCCUCCAUUCGGCGUUGGCCCACUCCAACGCCUUGCCGGAUAGACAGGAGAUGAGGGCGGAGAUGCUCUCGAAUCCCGAGGGCGCCGGGUGUAUGGUGGCAAGGUAAAGUUCCACCUGCAGGAGGAAUCCCUGACACCCGGCUGCAGAACCGUCAUAUGCCCUCGGGAGCGAGAGCCGAAUGCCACUGGGUUCCGGUGCUGAGAGAGGAGGACUGGCCGUUGGUGAUGGGAUGUUGUAAGAGUGCGUGGGCACCUCUCGAUUCACCAAUCGGCGCAGAGUGUUGGACACCUCGUCCAUGGCGGCCCCGAGUUGCCGGAUCAUGGUGUCCUGGUAGUUGAUCCGGUCUUCCAGGGAUUCGGGUGCCGCCGCUGUUCCUGCUGACUCCAUGGUGGUGUGUUGUUCUGUCACUAGAACCGAUGUGGAUGUGGUGGAGGAGUCAGGCGCAGGACACAGAGGUGAAGUCCAACAGACUUUAAUAGUCUAAUGUUUACGAGGAAAAAACCCCGACCUCAAAAUACACCAAGAGGCGAGGGAAAAUUACGCACACGCGUAAACACUAAACACAAAACAAACAGGGUGCAAACACGUAACUCCGACACAGUGGCAGUCAUAACAACACACAAUCCUUCUAGUGCAAAACAAGGAACUUAUAAGACACGUAAUCAACACACAAAUGGACACAGGUGUAACAGACAGACAAAAGCAAUCAAAUGACGAAACAUAGAGCGGUGGCAGCUAGUACUCCGGGGACGGCGAACGCCGAAGCCUGCCCGAACCAGGAGGAGGAGCAGUCUUGGCCGAAACCGUGACAAUCAUGCUCUCUUUGUCACAUUCGCUUAAGGAGGAGGACCAAUGCGCAGCGUUGAAUGCGUACAUAUUAUUUAUUAAACAGAUCACCCGAUCAAAACAACGAACGAAACGUGAAGUCCUUCGAUACACACAAACCAAAAGGAACAAGAAACCACAACACAAAGUGAAAAGACCGAUAGUUAAAUAUGGCUCCCAAUCAGAGACAACCAGCUGACACUCGUUGCCUCUGAUUGGGAGUCACUCAGGCCAACAUAGAUAUACAAAACAUAGACUUACACACCCUGGCUCAACAUAACAUAGUCCCCAGAGCCAGGGCGUGACAGUACCCCCCCCCCCAAAGGCGCGGACUCCGGCCACGCCAAACAACCACAACAGGGGAGGGACCGGGUGGGCACUCCGCCUCGGCGGCGGAUCCGGCUCCGGACAUGACCCAGGCACGGGUUGUGCUGGACUGACGACGCACACCCCUGGCUUGAUGCGUGGAGGAGGAACGGGCCGGACCGGGCUGACGAAGCGCACCCCUGUCUUGGUGCGGGGAGCAGGAACGAGCCGGACCGGGCUGACGACGCGCACCACUGACCUGGUGCGGGGAGCUUGGAUGGGCCGGACUGGGCUGGCGACGCGCACCACAGACUUGGUGCGGAGAGCAGGCACGGGCCGGACAGGGCUGACGAAACGCACCAUAGACUUGGUGCGGAGAGCAGGCACGGGCCGUGCCGGACUGACGACGCACACCACUGGCUUGGUGCGGGAAGCUUGGAUGGGCCGGACUGGGGUUCUCUCCUCCCCGUGGACCAGGCCUCCCUAGCUCUCGCCAGACUCUCGAUCCAUUGCUUCAUAGACCAGCCUCUCUCCUCUUCACUUAGCGUGGCCCAGCCGAAACUCCUACUCCCCUGAUCCAAGGUCCAUCCACUCUCCUCCUCACGCUGCUUGGUCCUGUCUUGGUGGUUUCUUCUGUCACGUUCGCUUAAGGAGGAGGACCAAUGCGCAGCGUUGAAUGCGUACAUAUUAUUUAUUAAACAGAUCACCCGAUCAAAACAACGAACGAAACGUGAAGUCCUUCGAUACACACAAACCAAAAGGAACAAGAAACCACAACACAAAGUGAAAAGACCGAUAGUUAAAUAUGGCUCCCAAUCAGAGACAACCAGCUGACACUCGUUGCCUCUGAUUGGGAGUCACUCAGGCCAACAUAGAUAUACAAAACAUAGACUUACACACCCUGGCUCAACAUAACAUAGUCCCCAGAGCCAGGGCGUGACACUCUUGCUCUCUUUUUCUCUCUCUCUCUCUCGCUCUCUCUCUCUCUCGCUCGCUGUCCAUUGAGCAUUCUGCUCAUGUAAAAUAGUGAAUCAAAUUGACAUGCCUGACUAGUGAGUCCUGCUCUCAAUAUAUUUCAGGGUGAAUUGGGACUGCAAGGUGACAAAGGAGAAAAGGUAUGAAUUUGAAUGUAUGAUGAGUAAUAUUGUGUGUACGUGUGUGUGGUAGAAUAAUGUAGAGAAGCACAGAAAAAGAGCAAAUGAGAGACAAUGAGAAUAAAACCGUUCAAAAGAAAAAAGUUGUGAAAAUAAUUUUAAACAAAUACAUGUACUGCUCUGCCUAACAGUGAUGUUGUCCCCUUGCAGGGCGAUACUCUCCUGGUGGGAGGACCUACAGGAGAGAAGGGCAACAAAGGAGAGACGGUGAAUGACCCCCUCUACCUUAAAUACCCCACAACACUGACUAUUGACUAAUCUAAUAAACAAUUGAUCACAAAAAAACCUCAGAGCACCAAGUAUUGACUAUGACACUGCUAAUCUCUCUGUGCGUCUGUGUGUGUGCAGAGUGGUCAUUUACAACUAUUGUUCUCUUCUUUAUCAGGGUGACCGAGGGCCCAAAGGGGUGCAGGGGGAGAAAGGCUUGAAAGGCAAUGACGGCCCAGCUGGGGAGCAGGUGAGGUUGGCCUUGACAAUGACAGCAAUGGAGUUGGCAAGAGCACAAACAGAUCUGGGAGCAGGCUUUUAAUAACAGGUGUAUAACUGUGUGUGUGCAUGUGUGUGUCUCCACAGGGUCUGAGGGGUGAGCCAGGAGACAGGGGCUCUACAGGGUUCCAGGGGGCCAGAGGUCCAGGAGGACAAAAGGUGACUACAUGACCUAAUCUGUGUCAAUGCUUUCAUCAACACUGCUGUGUCAUCUAUGUUAGAACCAAUAGCAUCAAUAGUCAAUCAAUAUUCAUCAAUGUCAGUAUCAAUGUCAUAAUGUCCUCUGUGUAUUAUGGAUGACAUUGCACACAGUUUUCCCACCCAUCGUAUGAGAAUGGAUCAUCACACAACAGUGUACGCUGUGAAAAUGAACAACGUAUUGCUCAGACUGGAUGCUGUAGGUGACUGUUGUACAGAUGCAGUGUUCUAAUGGGUUUGUCUUUGUGUCUGAAGGGAGAGGCGGGACAGCCUGGUGUACCUGGAGAAUCUGUGAGUCUCCCAUUUCACCCUCAGUUAUGAAAACAAUGUAUACUUUUUCCUGACCACAUGAAUUGAAAAACUCUGGGCCCUAAUUAUAGCCUAUAACUAGGAUCCAAAGUUCUUUCUGGUCUGGUCACAUGGUCAGCAAAAACUCCUGGCCCUAUGACUAACUCCCCAUUCACUCUCUUAUUGGUCGAUUGUGUGUGUUCUUCUCCUAGGGUACACCAGGAAAAGAUGGAAUGCCAGGCUUUAGAGGGGAUAAGGGAGACGUGGGAAUAACUGGAAUGCGUGGAAUUAAGGUUUGUACGCACGUGUGUUUGUGUGUGUGUGUAUGCAGCGCAAUGUGUCUGUGUCUGGUGCUUGUGUUGGUGCGUGUGUGCAUGCAUGUGUUUGUGUGUGUGUACAGUCUGUCAUCAUAUUUGAACUGUCUUUGAGUUUAUCCCCACUUGAAGAAGUUUAGUGCCAACCUUGAGACAUCCUCUAAGCGACAGUGCCAGCCACCGGGUCAUAACUCUUCAAUGGUUCCAAACUGACGUCAUGUUGUGGAGGAUUAGUUGAAAUUCAGAUGGAAAUUGCUUUCAUUCUCAUAUUUUCUAUAAAUACCUUUAAUGACGGUUGGAGAUAUAAUUUGUGCGUUUAUGUGGCAUUCUGCCAGACUAAUUGCAGAACACUCUAACCUUCCUACUGUGUGAAUCACUGUCCUCUUCUUAAGUAAAGACAAAGCGUGUCUGAGGAAAACUUUGCGAUGUGUUCUGUGUUCUUCACAUGACCUUGCCACACUAACGGCAGUAUAAUCACAGCAUGAUAAUCUGGGUUUAGAAAUGACUAAUCCAGACGGCACAAUAUCUGCCAGCCCACUCAGUCUCACCAUGCUGUCAAACCCCCUCAAUUUCCUCUUAUCUGUCACUUGCUAUUAUUCUCCACAAAUCACCCAGUUACUCAUCCUUUAAUCCAUCCAGGAUUCAGCGACUGCAGUUUUAUUUUGCUAAAUCAACAAUAUCCUGCAUAUUAUGCGAGGGCUUGCGAAUUUGACCAAUCACUGCAAUAUUUGUGCAUAAAACAGUCAAAUCAUUACAAUAUUAUUGGGGGAAAAAUGACCCAUCACCGCAGGACAAAAAGAGGGCUCGCAUUUUAAACCAAUCAAACACAUCUACCUCAUGAUAUGGUUCAAUCAAGUCACACGUCCUCAAACAUUUUCCCUCGUCAGCUCAGUUUUGCGAUAAAUUUGACAAAAUCAUAACCUAUUUUCAUGCAAAAUGCCCGAAUUGCCGCAGUAAAAUUACAUUUCUUUUCCUGCAAAUAUCACAAAAAAAUCCUGUGAAAUCCUGGAUGGACUGCUUUGUCUUUUAAGACUGAAACAGUGGUGUGUUCAUGGUCAAACAUGGUCCAACUCAGUUCUGCUGGUCACUGUGACUUCUUGGUCAAGCCCAUGCUGACACCCACCAAAACAGACCGGUUCUGACCAGCUGGUUGUUAUUGGCAACCAUCUGAUUGAAAGUUGUUGUUGAUGAGUCACCUGGUGAAUGAGGGGUUGUGUGCAUUAGUCUGGGUUUGCUUGGCAGCUGAAAGGACUGUAAAGUCUAUCUAAAGGCUUUCUUUCAUGCUGAAUUGGCAGUUUGGAGCAGUUUGUCCCACUGUGACUGACUAACUAACUAACUGAUCAUUUCCAGGGCGACCGAGGAUCAAAGGGGGCGUGUGGAUCAGACGGACCCAAAGGAGAAAAGGUACAGUGGGAGAGAAAGAGAAGGAGGGAUGAGGAGGGGAGAGGGGAAGAAAUGUGUGACAGGAAGUUACAUUUAAUCAACUUUAUUUAUGCAGAGGGGCCAUUAUUGUAGUUGCAUGGUGAGUUUUAUGAGUCUUUCAUAACCACAGGAACUAUGACCUCUCUUGCUUGAGUUGUUAAUAAGAACAUUUUAUAAGAUUAAAAGUAGGGAAUGCACCAUGCUAUGUCUUUCUAAUGACCUGGCUCUGUGUGUGUUCAGGGAGAUUCAGGGAUCCAUGGGCGGUCAGGGUUGCCUGGAAGGAAAGGUGAGCAGGUAAGAAUUAUCCCAUGAAGUACACUAUAACCUUAUGUUUAGAGGGCUCUGAACAGUAAACCAUUGAGUCUGAAAUCUGGAAUUUAGUAUUAAAACUGUAUUUUCAGCCUUAUCAGCAAAGGGUAGACAUGUUACCAGGUAUUGUUGUAUCUGUGUGUUUCAGGGAGACUUGGGGCCUCCAGGGGCCACUGGAACCCCUGGCAAGGAGGGACUGAUCGGCCCCAAGGUAUUUGUCUAUGUAUGGUGUCUGUGUGUAUGUGUGUGCGUGUGUACUUAAUUGUGUGUAUCAAGAGAACUUUGUGUUAGUAUGUUACUUAAUCUCUGUGUGUUUGUAGGGUGACCGAGGUAUUGAUGGAGUACUAGGACCCAAAGGAACUCAGGGAGAGAAGGGCGAAAGGGUGAGUCUUUAACCACAAAUGAAUCCACUCAUGAAGUGCAGAUCGCCACAAAUACUCUGAAUAUGACCACAGCCAAACCGCAAGCUGACCACUGACUGUAGCUGUAGGGGAGAGUGGGGUAAGUUGAGCCAGAGGGGUAAGUUGAAACACCCUUGUUUCUAGGAAACCAUACACAAAAUGAUUCAUUUGACCAAAUAUUUGGGAAGAAGUCAUAAUUUCAUAGAGUCUGUGAAGGAAGAAACCACAUGGAAAAAGUGGUAAGCAAGUUAGGUCCAACAAACUUAAAAAAGUCAAAUGAAUAUAUUGUGUUAGAGGUUUCAUGAUGCUUGUAUCUAAAGUAAAUACUUUUAAGAUUGUUCAAUACAUCAGUUGGGGUCUCUAUAAGCUUCCAUAUGAGGUUCUAAACCUAGCAUGAAAGUGCAUCUUUGUAGCUGUGUGGGCUAAUAUAGUAAAAAUGUUUGCCUUGGGGUAAGUUGAGCCAAUGGUUGAGCCAAUGGCAAGUUGAGCAAACUUAAGUGUUUUCUUCACAGGUGUAAUGCAAAGUAUUAUUGCUGGGAUAUGAGGUAACAACAGGGCCUGGCCUAUGUUACAAGUGUUUAAAAAAGUACAAAGUGUUUGUUAGCUGUUAAGGCUGUGUUAAAAGAUGCUUAAAAUUAUUAAAAGACAAUACAAAGCGAUUGUGAUUGUGUUGAAUUGUGUUUGGGAAAUAAAGACAGACAUGGCUUUAAAAAGUUAGUGGUAAUAUUUAAUUUAGUACAGAAAUGUGUGGGCUGCUUAACUUACCCUGUCCUGCGGCUCAACUUAAACCAUACCCGGGGUAAGUUGUGCCAAGAUAACUUUUUUUGGGACAAGCUAUGUUUUCAAAACUGUAAUGUUUACAUUCAUUCUGAUUAUUUCCAGGGAUACACAACAUCUUGAAAUAUAUGUAGAUAUAUUUUUUAGAAAGAAUACUAUAUUACCCUUGACGGAGUGAUGCUGAAUGUGAAAACUGGCUCAACUUACCCCACUCUCCCCUGCUGUAUAUAAAGUCUGAUGAAAACAACUUGUUGUAAAUGGUAUCUGACUGUGGCUCCCUCCCUCUCCCUCUUCCUCUCUACAGGGCCCCUCAGGUAUCCCUGGCCCUCCGGGCCCCACAGGAGUGGACGGGGCCUCUGGACUGACAGGGCCUCAGGGGCUCGCUGGAGCUAAGGGCCCGGAAGGGCUCCAAGGACAGAAGGUAUUCACUUGCUUUGUUUGUUGAUGCCACCUAGUUAUGUUGUUGUAAAUUAAACAUGGUCAACAUGAUUGUUGUUGUUGUCAGGGGGAGAGGGGGCCUAUUGGUCCUACCAAGAUUGGUCCACGUGGUAUCCCAGGUAUACCAGGAGAAAGGGGCGGUCAGGUGAGUGUCACCACUCUACUGUGUGGUAUGUCUGCUCAUAGAGUAUCUGACUGCAACUGUCCCCCAAUAACUCCCUCAAACUGGCCACAGCUCCCGAGUGGCGCAGCGGUCUAAGGCACUGCAUCUCAGUGCUAGAGGUGUCACUACAGACCUUGGUUCAAUUCCAGGCUGUAUCACAAUCCGGCCGUGAUUGGGAGUACCAUAGGGCGGCGCACAAUUGGCUUAGCAUCGUCCGGGUUUGGCCGAUGUAGGCCGUCAUUGUAAAUAAGAAUUUGUUCUUAACUGACUUGCCUAGUUAAAAAAAAAAAAUACUCUGACACUGGGGGCCUUUUACUAAACAUUAUGCACUAUUUGGAACAUUUGUGGACAGAAAAUUUAGAAAAAGGUCAAAUAAAAGUUUUUGUGAAAGGUUUUGUAAAGAAAUUAUAUAUUUAACCCCUGAAAAAACAGCUGUUGUUCCUUUCCAGUGCUUAUAUCUGGUCCUUUGAGCCGGAUAGGUACCCAGUGAGUAGUACAUCUGACCUUGAGGUUGUAGAGAUAUUAGUUUGCCCAACUGCUCUGAGAACAGUGUCUUUAUGUCAGUUGUGUGCUGUGUGUUCUAAUACAUGUCUCUGCUGCAGGGGGAGUUGGGUCUAGAUGGAGCCAAGGGAGACAGAGGAGAGCCAGGCUUGACGGUUAGUACUUCACCUUGGCCUCAGGGCCCAAAUCUACAGAUUCUACCACCAACCUGCACACACGCAGAACCACGCACGCACACACACACACAUUAUAAUGCUGUCACGUCUCUCUGCCUGUCUCUUACUCUCCUCCUCUUCCCCUCUGGCUCUCUGUGGCAGGAGGAUGAGAUUCGUGCAUACGUCCGCACAGAGAUGAGCCAACACUGUGGUAAGUCUUAAAGUCACCUGCCAAAAACCCAAUGUCCCAAUCUAACAUGCUGGUGUCCUCAGUUGAACUUCAGUUCAUCAUCAUCAAGUGAAACAAGUAAUGGUGCUAACACAUUUCUAUUGAACGUAAUGCUCCACAGAGUGUGAUUCAGAUCCUCUGUCCAUUUAGAACCUCUCAGUGCUAUUGAAUGAAAGAGAGAGUAACAUUCUCCUCCCUUCUCUCUUUGUCUUUCAGCUUGUGGAGGUGAGUGGGGCUCAGUCUGACACAUGGACCAGGUGGUAUAAGGGCAGUAGCAAUAGUUAGCUUUGACAUUAACUAUUCAAUUAGAUUAGCUUUAUUAUUAGUUUUAUUUACUCAAUGUGUUUUUGGUUCUGACAUGUGUCCGUACUAUAUGUAGUCUUGGUUAUGUUGUCAUGUGGUGUGGUCCAUGUAGGUGGUGUAUCUGUUCUACUCAGUGCUUGAAGUGGGCUAGUACAUAACUGACCUGUACAGAAUAUUGGCUCUAAAAUAUGAUGAGUACCGGCAACUAAAUAUAAAUAGUACUGGCACCCAAAAUGAGAACCGGUACCUAUUUCAGUCCACUUCAAGCACUGGCUCUAGUGUUCUCAUGUGUGUAUAUGUUAGUGUGUGUGGCUGCUUGUGGGUUUCGGUGGUGUCUGGUGGUUAUGUUUAUGUGUUUUACUGACCAACCUGGAUGUCCUGUUGUUGUUUUUAUGUUCCUGGCCCCUCUUCCUUCCCCCCCUUUCCCCUGUUCCGGCUGGCUCUCAGGUAUUGUUGUGACAGAAACCCUGCCCGGCUCCAGGGCACGUCCUGCUCCAGAGCAACAGCUGGCCCGGCAGGGCAAGCAGGGCAAGGACGGUGAGUGUGUCCAUCCAUCUGUCCAACUGUCCUUCUGUCCCUCAUCACUCCUCAUGUCUGUCUGCCUGUUUGUUUGUUUGUAUGUAUGUCUGUCUGUCUGUCUGUCUGUCUGUGUCCGUCGGUCUGUCCGUCUGUCCAUCUGUCUGUCGCUGUCUGUGUCCGUCGGUCUGUCUUAACAAACAGCCGAGGGUGAUGCUGUGUCUGGAGAUCUCUGAACACUGGCCCCGUUUUAUCAUCAAUAAUCUCUGAACAUUAAUAAUAUCUCUGUCUGUCCAUGACAGUUUUGCACACUUUUUAACUCUGCGUUUUGUCUGAUUUAUAAAGUUAGGGGGUUUGAAAGUGGGGUAUUCCAGCUGAAUAAAGGCCCUUGCCAUUCAUUGGUGGACUGAGCCCUUGGUGAAAUUCCAGUGUUGUGCUGUAGGAGUUGGAGGGUGUUCCCCCUCUGGCCGUGGGGUGGUCAAUGAGGGGUCGGGGGUUAGGUUUGUGACCGUUGUGGCGGCCCCUGCCCUGUGCUGUGUUGUAGGGCGUGAGCUGCGUGUGGUGGUGAACACCAACGACCCCGACUACGAACACUUCUACUCUAUAGAGAGUUAUGACGACCCCAUGGCCAUGGAGCAGAGCAUCCACCUAACUCCCACUGCCAAUCAGAGCAACGGUAUGUCACACACACACACACACACGCAUACGCGCACCCUUAACCUUGGAUCCAACCUCACACACUGAGGUCAGUCUAACACACAUACUCAACCUUGUAUCCCUCUCACAUACCCAGCCUAACCAUCCACUUAACUAACCUUCAAAUACUGAACCCAGUCCCACACUCAGACCAACCCUGUAUCCCCUUCACACUCUGCCGUCAACAUGCAGCUUCCUGGGUGUCUCUGUUGUGUUGAUAGUAUGUUUGUAUGUGUAGUGUACAUUGGUCUGUUUCUAACCUGAGAUACAUGGGUAUUUAUAACAGCCUUGCAAAUCUCUCAUUUCCAACAAUGGGGGAUUUACAUGAAUUGUUAAAUUAUGUGCAUGUUUCUCAAGUUAGGAUUGUAUUUGUUUGUGUUAAUGUGUCUGAAGUGUUUCUGUUUUGUGUUGUUAGUGUGCUUAUUACAGUGUGUCUGUUGAUAGAUGUUGAUGUUUGUUGUAUGAUUGCGUGUCGGCAGGUGAGAGAGUCACUGUUGACCCUUUGAAAGCAAAGAGGCCCAGGAGAGAGGUCAAACGGGAAGGUAAACCCGCCCACUUCGUCCUCUCCACUACUGGGGUGUUUCCAGGGUUAACUCUGCCGCCCCAUCUCUGCAUGCCACGGGCCUCUCUAGCAUGAUGGCUAUUGAUGUUCAUCUCUGAAGAACACACAAACACACUUGCAGAAACAAUAUCCCAAAUAACCAGUUGAGAAUGUAUUUUUAUUUUUAUUUGAUUGCUAUCGAUAACAAAUCAAAACACCAAAGAGAUAGCAGUUUAUUUAGCAUGGGCUGCGUCUCAAUCCACCACAUCCGCCAAUGUCGGCCUUCUGCAUCUGUUGUGGAAGGUGGCCGAGCUACAGCUGUGUUUGUCGGACCAGGAGACAUCCCGAAAAUCGGUCUUCUCACGAAAACAUCUGUAGCAUCCGAAUGGUUUGGCAUACAAACUAAUAUGACCAUCCCAUGGAAAGAUGAGACUCUCACAAACACGUACAUUGUUUUGCUCUAGGACGCCCACAAGACUCAUCUGAAGGUAGCCUGGUACCAGUUUAAAAAAAUUAUGGAAGUACAGUAUAUAUGGAAGUAGUUUAGUGCCAAAAAAAGGGGUUUAAUAUGGGUAAAAAAUAUAUAAUUUCUUGAUCCUUCUUAUAUCUCUCAGAUAUAGGACAGACACUUUAAAACAAACUUCCUUUUGAUUUAUUGUUUUACUAUCUGUUUACCCUAUUCAUCUAUUACAAAGAUACAUAUAUGUAUCCCCUUUUAUCUGUGUCUGGUGUUAGCUAGAUACUGGCUAGCUAGGUCUUCAGCCAUUUGCUUGACAUAAGCAUUUUUUUUUAAACUGUCAGUCAAGGCGAGCUCAUGAAUCUAAGCUCCCCGCCCACUAACCUGUCUUUUCAAACUUCCAGGUAGUUAGCCAUGAGCGAAAAAGUAAUUUUCAGAAUGACUGUUCAGGACCUUUAAACCUAGCCUAACCUAUGACCUGACCCAUCACCUGUGUACUACUGCCCCCCUAGCCUCCUACUCAUGCUUUCGGUCCCUAAAACUAAAUAAUAGAAAAAGUAAUAGAAAUAUACAACAAAAACUAAAUAAAAACUAGCAAAUCAGGUCCGAAAACGAACUGAAACUAAAUUGAAUUUUAAAUAAAAAUCUAAAAACGAAUAGAAAUAAAAACUAUAAUAACCUUGUUAUGCAGGACACAAACAUUCCAUUCAAGCUAAACAAUGGAUAUAUAGUGUUUUGCAACAAAAUCAAAUGUAAUACACAUCUAAAAUCUAUGAAUUCAAAAUCUGAGGACACUAAUAUUGUACAAACACAUAAAGGUACCCAUAAGCAUUACUUUCUGAUGAAAAAACACAAAUGUGAAACAUUUGUGGAUAUAGCGUUUUGGAAAAAAACUCUUCAAUUGUAUGAUCACUUAUUUCAUGAUCAUCACAGAAUGUUAAGCUACUGUACAGUAACAGUAAUACUAACAUCACAUUCAACUAACAUUCACCUAUAGCUUGCUGUAGCUUUUGAAGCUUGAACCCCUCACUGUGACUUUGCCUCUGUUCUGAUUCCAGAUUUUUUCUCUCUCGAUAGAGUCGACGUAAGAGACUCGAGAGAGAGCUCAUGAGUCAGAGGCAGAGCGGGAAAGGAGACUCGAGUCGGCGGAGAGAGCUUCGAUGAGAGAGUCGCUCUCUCGUCGCUCUAGGGCGAGAUCGUCUCUCAUGAUCGAUCGUACUCCAUCAUCUCAGCAGCGGUCGAUCUCUCUCUCUCUCUCUCUCUUCUAUAUCUCUACUCUCUCCUGUCUCUCUCUCUCUCUCUCUCUCUCUCUCUCUCUCUCUCUCUCACUGUGUGUGUGAUGUAUUCCAGCUCCUGUGGACCCUUGUGUGUUGCCCCUGGAGGAGGGCAACUGUGGGAGGUUUACUCUGCGCUGGUACUUUAACAGCCAGGUCCAGGCCUGCCGACCCUUCAUCUACAGCGGCUGUGAGGGCAACGCCAACCGCUUCCUCCACCAGGAGAGCUGUGAGGAGCGCUGCCUCGGGGAGGACACAGGUACACACACAAGCAAGCACACAUAGUAACCUACUGUGCACAGACACACAUACACAUACAGGUAUCUGCCAAAAUAAAGGAAACACCUACGUAGUAUCUUAAUAGGUCAUUGGGCCACCACAAAUCGCUCCAGAAUCUCCCAUAAGUGUUCAAUUGGGUUGAGAGCUGGUAACUGACUGACUCACACAGACACACACACACAAUCCCCUAUGCUCCUUUGAGACCCCUCUUUCAAAGUCACUGAGAUCCCUUCUUCUAGCCAUGGUAGCCAAAAUAAUGGGCAACUGGGCAUUUUUAUACAUGACCCUAAGCAUUAACUCAGGGACCACACCUGUGUGGAAGCACCUGCUCUCAAUAUACUUUGUAUUCCUCAUUUACUCAAGUGUUUCCUUUAUUUAGGCAGUUACCUGUACAUCAUGCUGAAUACAGACACAUUCAUGCUGCACAUACACACAAGCAAAUAUAUCCCAAAAACGGCAUAUUGUCUUUUGUUGCAGGUGCUGUUCCUUUGAAGAAGGGGCGAUGA